AUGACAAGAAAUGCGUCUGCCUUGGCCCACUACGCGCAUGAGCGUAAUCUCGACAGGAUUCCAGAUGAAGUGCGGCUAAAACGUUCAGAUCUCUAUGGAGACAAUCAAAACAUCGUCGGUCAGGGCGAUGAUUUCUCCUCGGCAUUUUCCGAUGGAUCGGUUCGUUCUGGGAUGCCAGAUGGAAAUGCUAUGCACUCGGUUUACGGCAACCGCCAGCCAUUCAUCGACCCCGUCCUCGAGCAACCCAGAGGAUGGAAUCAAGGAGGACAGAAUAACAUGGACGCUUUUAAUCAAUUCGGAGCUCCUUCGUUUGAACAAGGAUUGGCGAUCAUGCCAGAGAGAAAUCUACAAUCGAAUUUUCAUCAAGAACAGAUUAUGCAAGGGCAAAUGAUGCAAGAACAAAUUUAUCACCAAAACAGCGAGAUGAUGAAUUUCAGCAAUCAUCCGUCCCAAAAUGCGUCGCAACAAAUGCUGAUGCAGCAAAUGGUCGGAACUCAAGAACAACGUUUGAAUAUGCAUCUUCCAGGCCAAGCAGCUGUUUUUGUUCAGCAACAAGUUACAAGAUCAUCAAGUAAAGAAAUCACAACAGAAGAACUAAAAGAUAAGAAACCUUUGACAAAAGGAAUUUCGUUUCAUGAAACUGUCAAAGUCAAGGAAAUUCCAUCAGUCUCAAAAAGUGUUUCCGAGAGUUCAGAAGAGACAUCAGAAGAAUCUUCAGAAUCGAUAGAAGUGACACCGCCAAAGAAGGCCCAACCAAAAACGGAGCUAAAACGCACUCCUACUCAAAUUCUUAUGGACAUGAGAAAUAAUCGUGGGAAGAGAUGGAAGUCUGGUCUCUUCGGCUGUCUGAUAGACUCUUCUACGCUACUGACAGGGGUCGUCCCAUGUAUUCUAGGGAUAAAAAUAGCAACAAUUCUUGGUGAACCCUUUGGCUCAAUUUUAUGCUGCGGAGGAGUCGCGAGUAUGCGAACGAAAUUUAGGAUGCUUUUUGAUAUUCAAGGGACUUCUUGUUCAGACUGUCUCGUUUCCUACAUCUUCUGCCCAUGUGUGAUCUGCCAACUUGUGAAUGAAAUCGAAGCUUUGCGCCGAGAAAACAGAUAA